AUGCAUCACCACUUACUUCAAUCUCUCCGGUUCUGCGCCACCCACCGCCGCCCAUCUGACGGCAAGACUCUCCAUGCCCACAUCCACAAGAUUGGACUCGACCAAUAUGGAGCCCUUCCCAAUACCCUCAUUUCCAUAUACGCCAAAUGUGGUCUCAUCAAAGACGCCCUCCAACUGUUCGACCAAAUGCCUCACCGAGACCAAGUUUCAUGGGCCUCUAUUCUCACCGCUUACAAUCAAUCCAACCUCCCUAACCGUGCUCUCUCCGUCUUCGCCCAUUCAUUUUUUCGCGAUUGCUUGCAACCUGAUCACUUCAUUUUUGCUAGCUUGCUUAAUUCUUGUGCUGCCUUGAACGCUUUACAGAUUGGACAUCAAGUUCAUGCCCAAUUCGUGCUGUCCCCGUUCUCAUCUGACGAUGUCGUCAAGUCGUCUUUAGUUGACAUGUAUGCAAAAUGUGGAUCGGUGGACGUUGCACGAGCUGUUUUUGAUACCAUUUCUUCGAAAAAUUCGAUUUCUUUGACUGCUAUGAUUUCUGGGUAUGCCCGAAGUGGAAGAAAAUCAGAAGCUAUUGAGCUUCUUAGAAGCAUGAAGGAAGCAAAUCUGUUCUCAUGGACUGCUUUGAUCUCCGGAUUGAUACAAAGUGGACAUUGGGUCGGUGCCUUUCAUCUCUUCAUUGCAAUGAGAAAAGAAGGGAUCAAGAUUAUCGAUCCUUUUAUUCUUUCAAGCGUUAUCGGAGCUUCUGCUAAUCUUGCAGCAUUAGAACUCGGUAAACAAGUUCAUUGUUUAGUUCUGGGACUUGGUUUUGAAUCCAGUUUAUAUGUUAGUAACUCACUUGUUGAUAUGUACGCAAAAUGUAGCGAUAUUAUCGCUGCCAAGACUGCGUUUAACAGUAUCGUUAGAAAGGACGUAGUCUCCUGGACUUCAAUAAUAGUGGGGUUGGCUCAACAUGGAAAAGCUAAAGAAGCAUUGGUGCUAUACAAUGAUAUGAUCUCCACUGGACUCAACCCAAAUGAGGUAACAUUCGUUGGCUUAAUUUAUGCUUGUAGCCAUGUCGGUUUAGUUGAUAAGGGCCUUGAACUUUUCAAAUCUAUGGUCGAGUAUUACGGGUUAAACCCUUCGCUCCAGCACUAUACUUGUUUAUUGGAUCUUUUUAGUCGAUCUGGGCAUCUUGAUGAGGCCGAAAACCUCCUUAACACCAUGCCUUUUGAUCUUGAUGAGGCUGUUUGGGCUUCCCUUUUAAGCGCUUGUAAGCGGCACGGAAAAACCCAAAUGGGAACCAGAAUCGCUGAUCGUUUGAUGGGGUUGGGGCCAAAAGAUCCGUCAACAUUCAUACUCUUGUCGAAUGCUUAUGCUGGUGCUUCUAUGUGGGAAAAUGUAGCAAAAGUUAGGAACUUGAUGGCAACCAUGGACGUCAAGAAGGAACCUGCUUAUAGUUGGGUUCAUUUAGGGAAGGAAAGCCAGGUGUUUUAUGCCGGCGAACCAUCUCAUCCGAUGAAAGAUCAGAUGUCGGUUUUGCUUAAAGAUUUAGAUGACAAAAUGAGGAAAAGAGGGUAUGUUCCUGAUACUAGUUAUGUUUUGCAUGAUAUGGGGAAACAAGAGAAGGAAAACCAGCUUUUCUGGCAUAGCGAGAGGCUCGCAGUGGCAUAUGGGCUGCUUAAGAGCGUCCCUGGAUCGGUCAUCCGUGUUGUGAAGAACCUUCGUGUUUGUGGAGAUUGUCAUAUGGUUUUAAAGUUGAUCUGUAGCAUUGUUGGACGGGAAAUCAUAGUUCGUGAUGCCAGCAGGUUUCAUCAUUUCAAAGACGGGAGAUGUUCGUGCUCGGAUUUUUGGUAAUGGACAGUGGUUUUCUAACGAACAAAAUCAAUUUUCUACAAGUUUAAAAUGGAUGGUUAUCUAAUGGAGUUCCCAAUCAGUAGAUUUGAUGCACGAUAGUCAGUACAUGUGUGGUAAGGGGUAUUUAUGAGACUCGAACUGGUUUUGAGUUAGUCAAGACAUAUGCUCGUGGGAGUGGGCACAUCUAAACUUGAUUGGUUUUUUGGUCAGCAAGAUAAGAUCCCACCAUGCCGGUUCACAUAUGAGAUCUCAAAUGUUCAUGUUUAAACGUGAAGACCUCUAUUUUAUGAGAAUGCAAGAACACUCUUAUCACAUGUGAUAAUAUGCGUGAGGAGACGCAGACGAAGUGUUCUACGACUUAGGCCGCACCAAAGGUUGUUUGCGUCUAUGAUUUAGCAUCAUAUAUGAUGGUCUUGAUGGAUUAUAGUAUCAUAUCAACACCACCCUUUUGGGUGUAAAGUGUAAACUAUCUUUCCAUCUGCUCUCCGAAGAAAUUGUGACUUACCCUUUACAACAAAUUUAUCACCUUUCAUAAAAUGAGCUGUCUACAAACUUAUAUCAUCAUUUUCUUGUAGCAUUUCAAGUUGUAAUUCGAUUUGUUG